AUGGACCACUUCAAGGCCCGGUUCGCAAGAUGGAACGAGACGCCCCUCGCCUGGGUCGACCGCUACCCGACCCACCGCGGCCUCGUCGAGUCACUGCACGUGUACCGCGACAGCGCCGUGCCCGUGCAAGCGCCGACCGAGUCAGGUGCCGCCGCAGGAGAGAAGAAGACCAAGCCCGUGGAGGCCACACCCAACUGCACGCUCGCCAAGGAGCAGCUCGUGCCGUACCCGACGCCGGAGCUCUGGGCCGUCGAGCCGCACAACAGCCUUGCCAUGAUACGACUCACCACAUUCACCUGCGGUGGCUUCGUGAUCGGCCUGCGCACCAACCACGCGGUGGCCGACGGCACGGGGGCGGCCCAGUUCCUCAACGCCGUCGGCGACCUCGCCCGCGGCCUCCCGGAGCCGCGAGUCAACCCGGUCUGGGGGCGCGACAGCUUCCCAGACCCGGACAUCAAGCCCGGCCCGCUCCCGGAGCUCCCCGUGCUGGCCCUGGAGUACAUCGCCUUCGACUUCCCGGUCACCUACCUCGACAAGCUCAAGUCGCAGUACGCGGAGCUCACCGGCGGCAAGCACUGCUCCGGCUUCGACAUCGUCGUCGCCAAGCUCUGGCAGUGCCGCACGCGUGCCAUCGGCCCCGCCGUCGCCCCCGGCGCCGACGUCAAGCUCUGCUUCUUCGCCAGCGCCCGCCACGUGCUGAAGCUGGAGCCGGGCUACUGGGGCAACGCCAUCUUCCCGGUGAAGGUGUCCGCGCCGGCGGAGAAGGUCGCCGGCUCGUCGGUGGUCGAGCUCGUCGGGGUGGUCCGGGAGGCGAAGCGGCGCAUGGCCGAGGAGUGCCUGCGCUGGGCGGAGGGCCGCACCGGCGGCCACGACCCGUUCCAGAUGACGUUCGACUACGAGUCGGUGUACGUGUCCGACUGGAGCAAGCUCGGGUUCUCCGACGUGGACUACGGGUACGGCACGCCCAUGACCGCCGGCCCGCUGGUGAACUGCGACCUCAUCGCGUCAGUCAUCGUCAUGAAGGCGCCGGCGCCGCUCGCCGGCACGCGCCUGCUCGCCAGCUGCGUCACCAAGGAGCACGCCGACCACUUCGCCGGCCUCAUCAGGGAGGACCUCGUCUGA